AUGGCUAACGAGGGACCCCUCUCCGAGUUCAUAUACUACCACCACGAAAUGGUUUUGCUAAAGGAAAGUCCAAAAAAAAUAGUUCUUUUUUGUGAGAUACCACCCCCUAAAGGUGGACAGAUGCCUUCCGUUCUAAGUUUUCGUGUAACAGAAAAGAUGAUAGAGGAGAUGCCGGAAGCUGUGGAAGAUAUGGAGGAAAAGGGGUUAAAAUACACAUUCACGGCUCUUAGCAGGAAUGAUACAUCAUCCAUGAGGGGUAGAGGUUGGGAGGAUGCAUUUGGGACAUCGGAUUGCGUAGAAGCUGAGAGAAGGGCUAAAGCACUAGGGAUGGACAUGGAGUGGCUGCCAAAUGGCUCGGCGAAGACCAUAUUAGGCCCGCGAUCUCUAACAAAGGUGUUUGAUGGAAGAAAAGGAAGGAGAAUGUGGUUUAACACAUUAGUGGGCAUGCAUGGGAAGGAGCACAGCUCAGCCACGAUGGCAGACGGGACAGAAAUCCCAACAAAAGUAGUCAAAAGAUGUGAAGAAAUCAUUGAAGAAGAGAGCAUCCAAUUCAAGUGGGGGAAGGGUGAUGUUCUCUUCUUUGAUAACAUGGCUUUGCUUCAUGGAAGAAGGCCCGCCAUUCCUCCAAGAAGAAUCCUGGUUGCCACAUGCAAGUAG